AUGUCCACCUUUCUUUCAUCAGCGAGAGGCUCUCCAACCAAACCACCACAACCUCCUUCAUCGACAAACACCACUCAAUCAAAUCCAUCUGCACUGAAUUUUGCUGCAGCUGCAACCUCGAGUUUUUCAAUGGGAUUUAAAUCAUCGGGAUUUCAAGGCUUGUCGUUGCCGUUGCAUACGGUGGCUCAGCAACCCUUGUUGGGAGGAUCAUCAUCAACGACUACUAGCACGAUCAUGGAUCAUCAUGAUCAUGGUGGUUCACACGUAUAUCAUCAAAAUUCAUCACGAUCAUCAACAUCCUCGACCACUUCUUCCUCUCCGCCCUCUCACGGAUCUUCCUUCACCCAGCCCAGUAUGAAUUUCGGGUUUAUUGAAUCCACUUCAAAAUCAUCGACAACAAAUAACAACACUCAACAACAAGCAAUAUUAUUGAAAUCCAACAAUAGCAACAAUAACCAAAGACCACCAUCUAAUUUAUUUUUCAGCCAAGCAUCACCAAAUUCAUCUUCAAACUCACCAACAAAUUCCUCUACUGCUAACAAGACAUCGUAUCCAGAAAAUGAUUUGGAAUUUCUGAGACAACAAAUAGAAGAAACAAAGGAAAAGUAUGAAACAUUCCGAAAAGGUUUUCUCAUUGAACGCAAUCAACGACUCAAAACAGUUCAUGAUCUGUAUAAAUUCACAAAAAAGAUGGAAGUGCUUCAAAAACAAUUAUUCGAGAAGGACUCUGCUCUACUUGUUCUCACCACUGAGAAUGUCAAGCUGAAAGAAGAAAUUUAUGAGAUACAAAAAUUUGGUGGGAGCAACGGUGCUAGUACCUCGAAUUCUGUCACACCGUCUUCACAGGCCAACAAUCAAUCAAACUCCAACACUUCCUCUAACAACAAUAACACCAAUGGGGAGAGCAAAAAACGUCAAGGUUUCCUGUUUACAAAGAGAAGGAAUCUUUCGUCGGAUGCUGCUGAUACGACCAAUAAUGCGUCCUCCAAUUCGGAAAACAAAAAUGAGUUUGGCGUCACAGAUUCUCCCUCCAAGAUCAACAAUGAAAGUAAACUCGAUGCAAUUCAAGAAAUGAAACACUGGAGAGAACUCUACAGAAAAACACAAAAUGAUUUAAAAAAGAGAGAGAAACAAAUUAGUGAUUUACAAUCACAAGAACAUGUUCAAAAGCAAAUGCUUCAAGAAAUUCAAAGCAAGUAUCGAAGUGUUGAGGUGACACUUUCAAAACAUCAAGAAACGAUCAAUACCUUAAAAUCAGAAUUAUUUGAAAAAGAACAAUUGAGCAUGAAAGCACUAAACGAUAAUGAUUUUUUACAGCAGCAAUUAACCAUGGAGAGGACAGAACACCAACGGUGGAAGGACGAAUUUUUAGAAAAUUACAAAAAUUUGGAAGAAACAGCCACAUCUCUCAAGAAUGAAAUUGAAAGAAAGGAUUUGGAUUUACGACGCCUAACAGAAAAGUGCAUGGAAUUGAAAGAACAGUUGAAUUCUGUACGAUUACAAAUUCGAAAAUUCAAAUGUAAACGUAUUUCACAUGGAGGAUUGGCAAGCAAAUUUGGACUUGGUUCUUCCACCAAACACGAUGCAGCAAUCAUUUUACACAAGAAUCCAAAGAACGGUUUACUGUGGGUAGACAUUAAAUUGAGAUCAGGAAAAGACGAUAAUCUCGACUUGAAUAAUGCAAUUCAUUCAAAUAUGGUCCAAUCACAUCCUCUCACAUCCAUCACAGAUAUUGUACCUGAUGUUCAUGAUUCCAAACGGUUUUCCAUCUAUUUCUUUUCGAAUGCAACAGCUAGUCCCUCAAAGAAUACACCAAAUGCAGUGGUAGAAACAUUUGAAUGCUCGAGCGAAAGUGAACGAACUGAAAUCAUGCAAGGAAUUCAGGAAUUCAUCAGUAUUGCAGCUCAAUCCAAUUAA